AUGCUGCCGUGUGAAGUUUCAGCACCACACGCGGCAACAGACGGGGCAAGAGAGGCCAUGGAGAUGAGGCUGAAGGCGCUGGAAGGGCAGCUGGAGGAGACAAGGAGGGGAUUGGAGGAGGCUGAGAGGAUCAGGGCAGCGGAAUUGGUACUAGUGAAAGGGGAGCUGCUAACAGUGCGAGGCGAGCUGGUGACAGUAAGGGGGGAAUUGCUAACAACAAGGGGAGAGCUGAUGACAGUGAAGGGGGAAUUGGACGCUUUGAAAGGUACUUUGUUAGGACCCAGAAAGGAGUUUGCUGAACAGAGGGAGUGCUUGCAGGAAGACAAGCUGGCUUCGGAGGAGGUGAAGGAGCUGAGGAAAGGAGUGUGUUCGGAUGAGGCGGAAGCGAUGCCAUGCCCAACACCGAAGCAUGUGGAGUUUGACGUUGAAGAGGAGCUCAGGAUGCGCCAAGGCAUUCAUAAGAUGGUUUGGCAGGUGCGAACGGUCAACCAGCGGGUUGAGCAGGAGUUUCAGCACGAGGGGGGCACGGGCGGAAGAAGGAGUGUUGCGUAA